GCAAUUUACGCACGCGUUUAUGCGCAUGCGCUCAAAGGGUUAAGCCAUGGCUAAAGGUUCACCUGAGAAUUGAGUGGAGGAAAAGCUGAUGUGGUGAGGCACCCACUAAAGGUAUAAACAGCAAGAUCAGCAGUGGGUUGCCAUAGGAACAUGCGGAGGAACAUGCACUUGAGUACUGGUAUAGCUACACUUACAUUUGUCCCCCUAUAAUUAUUAUUCCAAGAGGUGGGAAAACUCACAAACUAUCAUCUGGGCAACUUUCAAUUGGGUAUAGCUAUGUAGCUACAGGAGUAGUUUUAUAUACAACAGAGCUAGUGGCUCAUGUCGUUAGCACAUAUGAUUUACCACAUUAAUAAUUAUCACACUGUCAGUCUAUAAAGCUACUGCUAGCUACAUAACAGUCAAAUUUGGAGGCUUCAAAUGUUCAGAAAUGUUCUAUUAUUGUUUAUAUCCGCAGGUGUCACUGGGAUUUAUUGGAUUAUCAUUCAUUGGUUGGAUCGUGUUUACUGUUGGUUUUGGACUAUUGAGAAAAUGGUUUAAUGACGAUGAGGUUUUUGAAAACGAUGAUGAAUCUAACCUUUACGCCUUCUGGGCUGGUAGUGUGAUUGGUCCAUUCGUACAUAUCCUGGCCAUUGCUCAUGUGUUGCUGUGGGGACUACCCAGCUCUGUUGUUGGAAGUAUUACAGCCGUGCUCUCUAUCAUGUACUUGUCAGCUGUGGGUUAUGGCAUGGUGUAUUUUGGAAUCUACAUCAAUAACAUAUCUGAUGACGAUGUUUCUGGAUUCGAAGAUUAUGAUAGAAGUUUCAAGCUCAUGUUUGCUGGAGGUUUUAUUACUACUUUAUUCUUGGUAUGUUGUAUGUUGUGCGUUAGUGUUUAUUGUACAGGUAUCACCCUGUAGUUAGAACAAUCUCUGAGAAAUGACUUAAAU